UCCUUAUGUGAUUCAUCCUAUCGUAGCGCCUACUGAUGAAAACUACAACCCCCCUAAUCCUUCCAAAGCGGAAGUGUCUCAAAGAAAAGACAGCAACAAUGUCUAACGCGGUGAAGAAGCGAAAAUUCGAUAAAACCCGCCAGGACAGCCUUUAUUUUGACAGCUACUCAGACGUGACGAUCCACGAGGAGAUGAUCGCGGACCACGUCCGGACCAACACGUACCGACUCGCCAUUCUGAAGAACAGCGAGUCGAUCCGGGGCAAGGUGGUCCUGGACGUGGGGGCUGGCACCGGCGUCCUCAGCAUGUUCUGCGUGCAGGCCGGCGCCAAGAAAGUGUACGCCGUGGAAGCGUCCUCCAUCGCCGAGCAGGCCGCCAAAAUCGUCGAACAUAACAACAUGGAGGACAAGAUCCAAGUGGUGCGAGGCACGGUGGAGACCGCGGAGCUCCCGGAGUUGGUGGACGUGAUUGUGAGCGAGUGGAUGGGCUACGCGCUCCUCCACGAAUCCAUGCUCAACUCGGUGCUGUUCGCCCGCGACAAGUGGCUGAAAAAGCCCGGCGGCGUCCUCCUGCCCGACAAGGCGCAGCUCUACAUCGCGCCCAUCAGCGAGCCGGUGGCGGAGGACCGCCUGCACUUCUGGCACACCGUCAAGGACACGUACGGCGUCGACAUGUCGUGCAUGAGCGACUUCGCCCGCAAAUGCAUCAAGAACUCCGACAUCUCCAUCAGCCCGGUGGCCGCCGAGGACGUGCUCUCCCACCCGGCCCGCUUCGCCGAGCUGGACCUGAGCGCGGCCGCGGUGGAGCAGCUGCGGUCGGUUAAAGGCCACUUCCGGUGCGAGUCGUUCGGGUCCGCGGCCGUGAACGCCUUCUGCGUCUACUUCGCGGUCUCCUUCCCCUGCCCGGACCGGCCGCUGGUGCUGUCCACGUCCCCGUUCAUGCCGGAGACCCACUGGAAGCAAGCGGUCCUGUACCUGGACGCUCCCGUGGACGUGACGCAGGACACUCUGGUGAGCGGUGAGGUCAACAUGUAUCCUUCUGAGGAGAGUGACAGACAUGUUUGCAUCGGUCUGGAGUACACCAUCGGGAAACAUAAAACACACACUAAGACCUUUUCUAUCCCCGACUGGACCGCGGAGACACUGUCCUAGUUUAGGUGUAAUCACUAUAUUAUUGUAGGGCUGGGUCAGACCUGGGCAAAUUAAGGCCCGGGGGCCGCAAGCAACCCGUUAAGCUUUUCAAUCUGGCCCGCCGGACAUUCCCAAAUAUUUUUUUUUUAUAUCCUUAAGACAGAAACUUGUAGCUGCCAUUAUGAUGUGCAGUGAUGUUUUCUAAUUACCAGAAGUCUUCAACUAUACCGGGGGUCGGCAACACGCGGCUCUAGAGCCGCAUGCGGCUCUUUAGCGCCGCCCUAGAGGCUCUCUGGAGAUAUUUCAAAAAUGUAUGAAGAAUGGAAAAAGAUGAGGGGAAAAAAAUCUAUUUUUUUUGUUUUAGUAUGAUUUCUGUAGGAGGACAAACAGGACACAAACCUCCCUAAUUGUUAUAAAUCACACUGUUUGUAUUAAACAUGCUUCACUGAUUCGAGUAUUUGGCGAGCGCCGUUCUGUCCUACUUCUUUUGGCGGUCCUUGAACUCACCGUAUAGUUUGUUUACAUGUAUAACUUUCUCCAACUUUCUAGGACGUGUUUUAUGCCACUUUUUCUGUCUCAUUUAGUCCACCACACUUUUAACGUUGUGCAUGAGUGCACAAAGGUGAGUUUUGUUGAUGUUCUUGACUUGUGUGGAGUGCUAAUCAGACAUUUGGUCACUGCACGACUGCAAGCUAAUCGAUGCUAACAUGCUAUUUAGGCUAGCGAUAUGUACAUAUUGCAUCAUUAUGCCUCAUUUGUAGCUAUAUUUGAGGUCAUUUAGUUUCCUUUAAGUCCUCUUAAUUAAAUGUAUGUCUAAUGACACAUGUAAUAUGGCUUUUAAUUUUGUGCGGCUCCAGACAGAUUUGUUUUUGUAUUUUUGGUCCGAUAUGGCUCUUUCAACAUUUUGGGUUGCCGACCCCUGAACUAUACAAGGUACUUCAAUGGUUGGAAUCUGCGCUUUUGCAUGAUAUACUAGUUACUAUGGUAAUCUAAUUAAUUACUAUGGUAAUCUAAAUCACAGCAGGUGUCAGGGACGGAUGCAAAAAGAGAUGUUUUACAACAAAGUUCUAAAACUUAGUGAUGUAUCAGGUAUAGCAGAUCGUAGGUGUUUUUUUUCACCCUUCGCACUCAUAUGUGUUUGUCGCAUUUUCGUUUUGCUUGAUUGUAAAAUAUGUCGAUCAAGAAGGGGUGUGACGUUCAUAUGUUGUCAAUAUUUAGUGUUUUAUCGGUCAUAGUUAAUAUUGUAAGUCCCACAUUCUU